AUGAGUACCAACUUUAAUGUCCAUAUAUGCCUUGCUUUAUGCUUUGUGAUUUAUUUAAUGGACUCACUCGUUGCUUUAUCGAUUAUUCCGAAUUGCGCUUUUGAAGACACCGUUGACUUAACCGGUUGGGAAAGUUUUAGCAACGGUUCUUACCUCUAUGAAGGUGUACUGGUGCCACCGCAUUUGAUCGGCUCCUAUGACUACAUUGAACUGUACGACGGAGAACAUCAAAAAGUGUCGAGACAUCUGCGUGGUUGUGUGUGCCAAAUUAAAAAUUGUUUAAAGCUCUGCUGCAAUCCACGGAAGACGUUGCAGCUGAUUAGAACUGAGAAUCUAUGGGAAUGUGCGGAAUCGUCUGAAGGAUACGAAUAUACGCCUUAUGUAAAUAUUACCUCGUCUAAUGGUAGUGUGGUUUUACAGAAUGCGUUGAAAGACUUUUUGGUGCAGGCGGGAUUACCAUGUGAUCAUGGGUAUAUGCUAAACCCGUAUAAAAAUUCACGCGAAGAAUGGCGCUUAUAUGAGGAUGGUAUUUUGUGGCGCUUAGACGAUAAUCAGAAGUUAAGCCGAGGAGAAUAUUGCAUGUAUGGCCUUGAAAUAGAUGGUGUAUCUCAGUUACAACCAUAUAACUGUCCCAUAGUGGAAGACUCGUUGGAGAUUCAAGAAAACACUAUAGUGAUGUUGGUUUCCUUGCCAUUUUUAUUUUUUACCAUACUGAUCUAUCGGGCCAUACCGGAGCUAUAUAAAAAUCUAUACAACAAAUGCUUAGUUUGCUAUCUGUUCGCGCUGGCAAUUGCCAGUACGAUGAUGAUUCUGGUCAAUUUGAGAACGAAGGAUUACAGUCCCGUUGCAUGUAGUAUAAUUGGUUCAGUCGCUUAUUACUUUUACCUGGGCGCUUUCUUCUGGCUCAAUAGCAUUUGUUACGAUAUUUGGGCCACAUUUUCUGGAUACUUCACCGUUGCAUCACAACAAGCGACACGUACACUUUUUCGCAAGUACUCACUCUACGCUUGGGGAGUGCCAUUGUUGAUGACUGUUGUUACCAUGACAUUACAGUUUUCUGAUAUAGAUAAUCGAUACAAAUCGGGUAUCGGUUAUUCCUAUUGUUGGCUGAAAACCGAUGAUUGGUCAGCUAUGAUGUAUUUUCAUGGACCCUGUUUAUUGCUCAUCGCCGUUAAUACAGUGAUGUUUUGUUUAACUGUGCAUAAGAUCUAUAGCGAUAGCCAAGAAAUUAAGGGCGUCUCACGCAGCAUGAACUGCACAAGGCACAGGAAAUCACAUGAGCAUAGUGCUUGACUAUUCUUGCGUUUGUUUAUUGUAAUGGGUGUCAGUUGGAUUUUGGAAAUGUUCGGCUAUAUAAUGGGCCCAAAUCCGUUUUUCCAGGUGGCCGAUUUCUUCAACGCAUCCCAAGGCUUGAUUAUAUUCACGCUCUUUAUUUUGAAGAAAUCCACACUGCUGCUAAUUAAAAAAAGGUAA